ACACCAACCACAACAACAGAAUCAUCAGCCACAACAACUGAGAGCACAACUGUUAGUACAACUGAAACAACUACACCAACCACAACAACUGAGAGCACAACUGUUAGUACAACUGAAUCAACUACACCAGCCACAACAACUCAGAGCACAACUGUUAGUACACCUGAAACAACUACACCAACCACAACAACAGAAUCAUCAGCCACAACAACUGAGAGCACAACUGUUAGUACAACUGAAACAACUACACCAGCCACAACAACUGAGAGCACAACUGUUAGUAAAACUGAAUCAACUACACCAGCCACAACAACUGAGAGCACAACUGUUAGUACAACUGAAACAACUACACCAGCCACUACAACAGAAUCAACAUCAGCCACAACAACUGAGAGCACAACUUUCAGUACAACUGAAACAACUACACCGGUCACAACAACUGAGAGCACAGCUGUUAGUACAACUGAAACAACUACACCAGCCACAACAACUGAGAGCACAACUGUUAGUACAACUGAGACAACUACACCAGCCACAACAACUGAAAGCACAACUGUUAGUACAACUGAAACAACUACACCAGCCACAACAACUGAGAGUACAACUGUUAGUUCUACUGAAACAACUACACCAUCCACAACAACUGAGAGCACAACUGUUAAUACAACUGAAACAACUACACCAGCCACAACAACUGAGAGCACAACUGAAACAAGUACACCAACCACAACAACUGAGAUCACAACUGUUAGUACAACCGAGACAACUACACAAGCCACAACAACUGAGAGCACAACUGUUAGUACAACUGAAACAACUACACCAGCCACAACAACUGAGAGCACAACUCUUAGUACAACUGAAACAACUACACCAGUCACAACAACUGAGAGCACAGCUACUGAGAGCACAACUGUUAGUACAACUGAAACAACUACACCAGCCACAACAACUGAGAGCACAACUGUUAGUACAACUGAAUCAACUACACCAGCCACAACAACUGAGAGCACAACUGUUAGUACAACUGAAACAACUACACCAACCACAAUAACAGAAUCAACAUCAGCCACAACAACUGAGAGCACAACUGUUAGUAAAACUGAAACAACUACACCAACCACAACAACAGAAUCAUCAGCCACAACAACUGAGAGCACAGCUGUUAGUACAACUGAAACAACUACACCAACCACAACAACAGAAUCAUCAGCCACAACAACUCAGAGCACAACUGUUAGUACAACUGAAACAACUACACCAGCCACAACAACUGAGAGCACAACUGUUAGUACAACUGAAACAACUACACCAGCCACAACAACUGAGAGCACAACUGUUAGUACUACUGAAAUAACUACACCAUCCACAACAACUGAGAGCACAACUGUUAGUACAACUAAAACAACUACACCAGCCACAACAACUGAGAGCACAACUGAAACAACUACACCAACCACAACAACUGAGAUCACAACUGUUAGUACAACCAAGACAACUACACAAGCCACAACAACUGAGAGCACAACUGUUAGUACAACUGAAACAACUACACCAGCCACAACAACUGAGAGCACAACUCUUAGUACAACUGAAACAACUACACCAGUCACAACAACUGAGAGCACAGCUGUUAGUACAACUGAAACAAUUACUCCAGCCACAACAACUGUGAGCACAACUGUUAGUACAACUGAGACAACUACACCAACCACAACAACUGAAAUCACGACUGUUAGUACAACUGAA